AUGCAUCCGGAAAUGCUCGAGCACUUCAUGGAAGCUUUAGACCUUCCGGGUCUGCGGCAGCUCAAAAUGGACACCAUCUAUGGCAUCUCCUCCACGGACUGGCUGGACUACGAUUAUCGAAGGAUGCUGCGCCUGCUGGAGACCAGCUCCCCUGAACUGGAGGUCUUUGAAUGCGUCCGUAUGGGCGGCCGCGCAUAUAGGGCCUUCGUUGAACCGUUCGACUCGUUCAAAAGUCUCAAGCGACUUCGAACCCUCCGCAUCGACUUAGACCUGCUUGGGUAUUGGCGGGCCUCGUUCGAACCUUCCGAUCCGCAGGAGCUGUUUCCAGCCAGCUUGCAGAAUCUCGCCUUCACGGAGAUUGAAGUGCUAAGACUGAACUUCCUCGAGGAGCACUACUCCGCAAACCCGGACCAGGACGAAAAUGAAGUAUACAAACUUCUACGCAUCCUGGAAUCGACUGCGUUGAAAGAGUGCAGCCUGUACCUCGUUCUUACGGUCCUAUUUGCGGGCGAUGACGAGUAUAAUCCAUUUAGCCUCGUGCAUCAAAGCUUACGCCCAGCUACACUUAUUCUCCUCCUAAAUACUGCGGACAAGCUGGCCAGGGUAGGAACGACUUUCAGAGUGUAUGGAGAUGCGGACACAGAUGCGGAGGGCGGGGGACUACUCGUGGGGCCCGGCUUCGUCAAGGCAUUACAGCGCAGGGAAGCUAAACCCGGCGAGGAUUUCGGAGGUAGCACUGGAGGAGAAAAUGUCACGCAAAUUGAAAUUGAAGGGCAGGAGGAGAUCGAGGAUACAUCCUGA